AUGAACGACGACGAAAUUGUUCAAGCACUUUAUUCAUCAGAUGAUUUAUCUGAAUUUGAUGACAGUGAUGCAGAUCCCGACUUUGUUUUGGAUUCUGAUACUGAUGAUGAUAUUAUUCCUUCGAAUAAUUCACCUGAAAAUCAUGAAAAUUACGCUUCUGAUAUUGAUAAUAUUGCUUCGAAUAACUCGCCUGCAAAUCAUGAAAAUUACGCUUCUGAUACGGAUAAUAUUAUUGCUUCAAAUAGUAAUACAAAUGAUUAUGCUUCUGUUUCAAGUACGUCUGAUAGGGGUCCAAUAAACAAUCAUACUUCUAGUCCUGUGUUCAAUCCUGAGUUUUUUGGAAUUAACCCAGACAUUCUCGAAACACUUUAUGAUGGUACCCCAUAUGACUUUUAUUGUUUAUUUAUCGAUGACGAAGUUUUAAAUUUAUUAUUAAUUGAAACUAACAGAUAUGCUCGUAAUUUACUUUUAACUCCUCGUGCUCCAAAAUCAAGACUCAGUAAAUGGGUUGAUGUUGACAUACCGGAAAUCAAGACAUUUUUGGGAAUUGUUAUGUGGAUGGGGUUAAAUCCACUACCAUCUUUGGCAAGAUAUUGGUGUAAAAAUGAAAUGUAUCAAUCACAUAUUCCUAAGUAUAUGACCAGAAACAGAUUCGAGUUACUUUUGAGAACUUUUCAUUGCUCAAACAAUCAAACAUGUCCUAGAGGGGAAAAUAUGUGUAUUGACGAAUCGGUGAUUCCAUUUGUUGGACGUUUGUCGUUCCGCCAAUACAUAAAAAAUAAAAGGCAUCGAUACGGCAUAAAAAUAUUUAAAUUAUGUAUAAAUGAUGGGUAUACUAUUGGAUUUAAAAUAUAUGCUGGUCAAGAAGCUAUCCCGGGAGUGGCAAUUUCAACAAAAAUUGUAAUGGAGUUAGCUGCAGAUUAUUUGGAUGAGGGAAGAACCAUGUUUACUGACAACUGGUACACAUCAGUCAGUUUAGCAAAUGAACUUUUAGGCCGAUCUACAAAUCUUGUAGGUACAUUACGUUCUAACAGGAAGUUUAACCCAAAAAACGUAAUAAAUGCUAAAUUAAAGAAAGGUGAAAUAAAAUCAAGCCAAAAUGAUAAUAAUAUCGUAGUUAUGAAGUGGAAGGACAAGCGCGAUGUACUUAUGUUGUCAACAAAACACAAAGACAAUUUAGUAGAAACAACUAACAAACGUGGUCAAAAAUUAUUCAAACCACAAAUGGUAAUGGAUUAUAAUAAGGCAAAAGGUUUUGUUGAUAUUUCUGAUUUGAGAAAUUCUUAUCAUUCACCACUUCGACGAUCUAUAAAAUGGUAUCGAAAAAUAGCAUUCGAAAUUCUACUAAAUACAAGUGUAUUAAAUGCAUUAACAUUAUUUUGCUGUGACUGGUAA